UCCUCAAUAUAGAGUUACCUGUCUACUUGCCUGUGUGACGUCACACUCAAAAUAGAUGGAUUCGUAAAGGUAGGCAGGGUGUAACCAUGUGUAGAAAUGGUAUUUGUUAGAGUUCUCUUAGUCGUCGUCUGUAUCCAUCUAUGCUUGGGACAAGAGUGUGGCACUGGUAGGAGAGAGGGUGCAUCGUGCGGGACCGAGAAGUGGCGACAAGACAGUUUCUGUUUUCAUGCAAGAUGUAUUCAUAGCAUAGAGCGGCCGUUCAAGCUCAAGGUGGUCAUUGUUUAUCCGGAAGACAGCUUGUCAACAGAGGAACGGCAACAGGGAAUGCUAGUGGUAGGAGAGGGUCUAGAACUGAGCUGGCAGAAGAAGAAGAAGCUACGCAAGGGACCGAGGAACCAAUGGUUUCUGACUCUGUCAUACGUCGGCGGCGGAAAAGCGGUCCUCUGUCAAGUGCCAUCUCAAUGCGAAACGACGCAACGACAUCUAGAAUUUCGCGUUUUCUUGGGUAAUAAGGACAUGUUAGGUUCAAACUUUCGUGUCGAUCUGCCCGUGUCUCGUUCGUUAAUGCCAAAAAAUGACAUCGAAAUUCCACAAGUGUCUUUCUAUCCUUGGUUUAACGGACGAAACUGUACAGUCAUUCGGCCCAAGUCCUAUCAGCUGGAAGGCAUCGGAGCGAGGACGAUUUCUCUACUUCUGCCUCCUAGCUUCUACGAAAACAAGUUUAAGAGAUAUAAGACUCUGAUUGCGUACGGACACAGCACCGUUCUGUCGAUGAAAACAGUCAUAGCAGACGCUACAGUCAGACGAGGGCUGAUGGAAGAAAUUGUAGUUGUUGGGCUGGAAGUGAAGGACAGCGUAGGUGAUGUUAUACCCACUCAUGCACCCGUUCUCAAAUGCAAGCACCGUCCUUUGAAACGUGGCGAUCGAACAUGUGAUUACUGUAUCAAGUGUCUAUCGGACGAGUUUACCGAGCCGUGCGAUAAGUUCGAAUUUCUUCGCGAGAUCAAUAAAUGUGCCAGCAAAUGGACGGUACCGGGGCAAGGAUACCAUUAUCUCGGUAGCGUUCUAGACGUCGUGUUGCCCCAGUUAUCGACUAAGUAUAGGACAAACACAAAUAGGAAAUCGUUGGGAAUCAUGGGGUACGGGUUGGCCGGCAUGAUGGCCUGUCAUGCGGCUCUCAAACUGAGCAAUCGUUUUAGUACAGCCAUCUGUAUGUCGUCGCGAUUUUCGUGGCCGGAUCUCGACCCAAACCGACGCGACUUCUUCGAUUUGUUGGAGACGAACUUGAAGAAUGUCGAAACGAUGAGACUAUACAUCGAUGCGAACGAGAACGACGACUGGCAGUUCACGACUGCAGCGGUAUCGGAUGUGGCAAAGGAGGCCGUGCAGUUGCUUCAGGAUAAAUAUCAGUUGACUCUCAAUAGAGAGCUUUUCUACUUUCCGUUGACGUACAACGGACAAGGCAAGAUAGACACGCUCAAGCCGAGAAUAGUCGUUGCCAGAUUGUGGGUCCCACUUACAACAAUGUACAAAAGUGUCGGCAAUGCUGUUGCUUCUCAAUCGUCUUGCUCUUCUACAUUAAUAAAGCAGAGUGCUGCUGCUUUAGUCGCGGCCGGUGAUAAAGUUGGAAGUGGCCGGCCUGGCUUUUAUGGGCAAGCAAGUCAUCUGGUGGACAACCCUGAGGGUGACUCUUGCAAAGAUCGUGUCUCAAUCUUUGCUAUGAUUGGCAGCAUCCUGGGAACAUUCGUUGGUACUCUGGUGCUUACCAUAAUUGUCAUGUACAUGUGCCGUUCACCAACCGCAAGUAAGACAAAGAUACCGGAGGUAGACUCACUGAUCCAGUAGACAGGCAAACGCGCGUGCAUUGUGAAUAUAGAGACUCAAAGCGACAUGUAGACGUUACACUUUAGCUUUUCGACGCGUACGUCUUACUAGUGUAACAUUAAUAUUCACUGUUUGCAAUAGCAUUCACAAGUUGGAUGUAACUGCAUACCAUUAGCAACUGUAUACCAUUAGCAACACUCAAUUGUAACAGCUAGCUAGCGCAUAACCCGCACAAACACCUACAGUUUGUUAGAUGGUUUCACCGUACGUAUAGCGUUUAUAGAAACAAUCAAUUGUAGCUAUUAGGCUUUCAUAAACGGCUGAAGAUUGCGAUGCAUAUCAUGGAUGACUGUGGAGAUGACCGGUUCAUGUGGAGAUGACCGGUGCAUGUAGAGCUGGCUGCGGUAUCUGCAACACGUGCUGGUAAAAAACGUCGCCGGACUUUCGUCUGUUUGGUAGAAGCCCCCCUUUUUUAUCAGCGCACUCCAUUUGCGUACAGUCGACGACAGACGCCCAGAAUGGCUACUCACUGGACUCACCUGAAGGUGCGCGGUGGGACCCCGAGGCUGCCGUAAGACGGUAUCGAUGACGGAUUGGAUUUGGCUAAUCGUUUGCCUGUACGCCAGUGCUCUAGCAGCCAUUGUAUUUACAGGCGCUUUAGGACUCUCUCUUGGAAUUCGUCGUCGUUACGUAGAGACCCUAAUCUACUUGUUCGAGUUGGGUCGCAAACGGAUAGAGGAGAAGGAGAGAGAACGUGUUAUCAGAAAGCGGCAGAGGUUACCUGAGUCCGAGUCUUUCGACGAUGGUGUAAAUCAGACGGGCGAUGGUAAUCAAUGCGAAGAAGAAGAAGGAGUACGCUCGGAUCUUGGGAAGAUUCCUCGAACGCGCUCGUUUGGAACGUUCAAACGAGAGUUCAACUUGACGGACUCGUGCGAUUUCGCUGUAAACGGAAUAAACGCGGUAGUCGAAGAUGAAGUUACAAAAUACUUUUCUGCUGCAGGUUUUCAAGCGCCGAUAGAAAAUCUGCCAUUAAUUUGGCCAAGGGGAUGUAUUGACGUCGUCACCCUCAUGGAGCAGGCAUCUAUUGGUGAUGUGGUGG